AUGCUCACUACAACAUUGAUUACAGCAGCGCUGCCAAUUCUUGCUUCGGCAUUGCCACAACAGCAUGGUUGGCCAGGACAAAACUGGCCCGGUCAAGGCUGGGGCGACAAUGGUAACAACCAGCCUUACUUCUACAAAGGUUUCGACCUUUCCUCCUUGAAGAUCGAGGAGGACGGCGGAGCUGUUUUCAAGGACACUUCACGUGGCAAUGCCACCCGGCCUGUCGAGGACAUUCUUGGUGAUGGUGGUAUGAACACUGUUCGACUCAGGUUAUGGGUCAAUCCCAAGGCACCUUAUGAUGGUGGAUACUACGAGUCGUAUGGUCUCAACUACACCGUGCCGCUUGCGAAGCGAUUUUACGACAAAGGCUACAAGAUCUAUCUGGAUUACCACUUCAGCGACUACUGGGCGGAUCCAAGCAAGCAAGCCGUGCCCGUCGAAUGGCCAACGACUGUGCAACCUCUCGCUGCAACCCUUCGAAGUUAUGUCUCAAGCACAAUGCAAGCAUUUGCUCACGCAGGUGUCGAUCUCUCUAUCGUCAGCUUGGGCAAUGAAAUCAGACACGGCAUGCUGUGGCCUCUCGGCGAAGUCGAUGUAGACAUUGAGCCCGCGCAAGCCCGCGUCGCCAACUUCACAAAUUUCGCCACGCUAUGGGCUGCCGCUCGUAAUGGUGUUAGGGAUGCUGUUGCUAGCGGGGUCCACCAACCGCUUACUAUGAUACAUAUUGAUGAUGGGUACAACCUUACUCUACAGCAAACUUGGUUUUCGUCCCUGACAGCUACUGGAAAGGUCAAGACUAGCGACUGGGAUGUCUUCGGCUUCUCGUUCUACCCCUUCUAUGGCACAGCGGCAACACUCUCAAACCUUAACGAGACGUUGACGACAUUGGCAAACCAAUACAAUAAGCCUCUCCAUGUCGUUGAAACAGACUGGCCAGAUCAAUGCUCAGGACCAACAGCACCCGAGCUCAGCGAGCCGAGUGUGCCUGUCUCUGUGGCUGGCCAGACCGAAUGGGUACACGACAUCAUCGAUGUUGUCAAGGGCGUUCCCCGUGGUCUUGGGCAAGGUAUCAACUACUGGGAGCCUGCCUGGCUGAACAACACUGGACUUGGCAGUGCUUGUCAGGAUGCGAUUUUGUUCUCGGCAGACUGGAGUCACUAUCCCAACGUGACUGGGUAUAGCAGGGACAGUGUGAACAUGUUCAAAGGUGUCUGA